CUACAUUGGUGGAGAGCAUUAUUCCAGGAUAUGAAUCCCGAUAUAUCACCCGGUUGAAGGAUGUGCUGGCGCGUCGCGGACGAGAAUUGCCAAUUGCGUCAGGAUGAUGAUCGAGGUUAUAAAGAGUGGACUUCUAAUCAAGGGAUUGAAAGAUUUUAUGUAUGCGUAAAUUCACUCCUUUAUUUUUUUUCGUGUUGUAUAACUACCUUUCUUCAAUAUGCUUUUCAUUCUCGUACUUGCAACGCUUCUGAUACAUACUGCUCUCGCAGUACGGCCAUUCGACAAUGAGCCAGACACUGGUUUUGAAGCCUUCAUCCCGACCAACCAUUCCCUUCCCGAUCUCUCAACCAUUCAAGGCAUCCCCGACUUUGACGCCGCCGCCCGUAAUUACAUGAACGUGAGCGCCUACACCUACUACCGCAACGGCGCCGCCGGCGAAUGGUCAUACCGCAAUAACCUUGAAUCUUUCGGCCGUGUCCGCUGGAGACCACGCGUCUUUGUUGAUAUCAUGGACGUCGAGUCCACGCUGCCCACAAAGAUACUCGGAUACAACUACUCAGUGCCAUUCUUCAUCGCGCCUGCUGCACGCGCAGGGUAUGCGAAUCCGGAGGGCGAGAAGAGUCUGGUGCGGGCUGCGGAGGCGGAGAACGUGCUUUACGUCACGAGCUUCUUCAGCUCGAUUCCCAUGGACGAAAUCAUAGCCGCGAAGACUAACGGAUCGAAUUCCACCUUCCACAGCUUCCAGCAGCUAUACGUGGACAACAACGACACUGUCGUCCAGCAGCGCCUCGACCGGAUCGCGGCUGCAGGCCAGAAAGCUAUAUUCCUGACCGUUGACUCUGCUGCCAACGGCGUGCGUACGCGUGCAAAUCGCUACCAAGUUGGCAGCGCAGACGAUAGUCUAACCCUCUUUACCUGGGCCCGUUACCGCAAGAUUGCAAACAUGACCAGCCUGCCCGUGGUGCCCAAGGGCAUCCAGAGUGUCGAGGAUGCCAAACUCGCUGUCGAGAACGGGGCGCCUGCAAUUUAUCUGUCUAACCACGGCGGGCGUCAGCUUGAUUUCAGCCCCAGCCCAUUCGAGGUCGCGUUGGAGAUUUACAAUGAAGCGCCUGAGAUCUUCAAGCAGAUCGAGGUGUAUGCCGAUGGUGGCGUACGGUACGGGACGGAUGUGUUGAAGAUGUUGGCCUUGGGAGUCCGCGCGGUGGGCAUUGGGAGGCCGUUUAUGUAUGCCAAUUGCUAUGGUGUGGAUGGCGUUAGGAAGGCGAUGCAGACUCUUCGCAAUGAGGUUUUGAACGAUGCGGGCAAUCUGGGGGUCCCAAAUGUUCAGAACGUAAGCUCAAGUGUGUUGGAUUUGAAGUACAUGGCAACGAACGGAUGGUAUACAAGGUAAGUAGAUGAGGAAAUGGUACGAUGAGAAAGAGCAGAGGAACAUGAAGUUACUUUCGAUGUAUAUAUAUGUUUAGAAAAUCCUUUUACGUGCUG